AUGACGGUCUCUUUCGAUCCAACACACCCUCCGGGCCUGCCGUGGCAUCCAAUUCCAUCUGGAUCGGCAACAUGCAAAGUCCAUCUCAUCCAAGCCGGCGGGCUUGCCAUUCCAACAGAUAUGGCGCUCCUUCCAGGUCCAGACAAACCAAUAGACCCGACAAAUGAGAACCAGAAAGAGGAAAUAACUGGAAAGUACUACGCCCCAGACUACGUCUUCCUGAUCGAACACACAACAACCAGAGACAAGUACCUCUUCGACCUCGGUAUCCGCAAGGACCUGGAGAACCUGCCACCCACAAUUGUGAAGAAUGUCUUGCCGCAAUUUGACUGCGAGCCAAAGUCACCAGCCGAGAUCUUACAAGAGCAUGGGUCACCAGAGCAGCAGCCCGAGAAAGUCAAGGCCAUCAUCUUCUCGCACAUGCACUUUGACCAUGUGGGCGACGGCGCAAAGGCUGGCUUCGAGAAUGCAGAGCUCUGGGUGGGGCCUACGUGCUGCACCUACGCGAGGCCUGGGUACCCGGUGGAUGAGAAGGCGCCAACGUUGAGCGAAACUCUGCCUACAGAUGGAAGCAGAAAAAUCGUGGAGGCGUUCGUGUCAGACGAGCUCCUGGAGGAAGCUGGAGACAAGAGAGCUGGAAAGGUGAUGGAGGGCCUCCAGAAGGGUCUGUACAACGCCGUUGCUCUGAAGAAGGCGGACUGGAUUGGCCUUGGAGCUUUCGACCGCGCCUUCGACGUCUUCGGAGACGGCUCAGCGUACCUUAUCGAUGCGCCUGGCCACUCAGAAGGACAUCAAAUGAUACUCAUUCGGACUACGACGGGUUCUGGAGGCGAUACGUUCGUCCUGCUGGCUGGUGACUGCUUCCACCACCCCGAGCUGCUGAAGGAGCCGCGGAGGACUGCUCGUCCGCCGUAUUCGAAGAGUGGUAUGCACAGUGAUCCUGAAACGGCGCUUGGCACUAUCUACCGUACGAAGGAGUUUGCUCAGAAGGAUAAUGUCUGGGUCGUCGCGGCGCACGACUUCAGUGUUGGCAACAACAUUCAGCCAGGCGUGAAAGAGAUCCAAGGCCUUGUGCAGAUUAACGACUGGCAAGAGAAGAAGUGGAAGAAGCCGUUGCAUGGAGAAUGGUAG